AUGCCAAAGAAGUCACUGGGUCUGCCUGUUGACCACUCCAGGACAAGCUCAAGUUUCGGAGCUGGGCCCCAGCGAGGUGAUCUCACCAUGGAUUCUUCAGCUGAGGAGGAUGAAGAUUUGUCUGAAGCCGCUGAACACUGUAUCACAGAGACCACAUGGAGCUGGAUCCGAGGACUCUCUGAGGGCACGGGCAGCCACUCCGGGAGACAGCUUUAUGACCAUGUAAAGGGCGUCUCUGGCUCUGCAGGAUCCACCAGCCUUUUAGUCUGUCAUCAUUCACAACUGAAGACCCGGCAGACGAUGAACUACGUGGGGCAGUUGGCCGGUCAGGUCUUCGUGCAGGUGAAGGAGUUGUACCGCGGCCUCAAUCCCGCCACACUGUCCGGCUGCAUCGAUGUGAUCGUGGUCAGACAACCGGACGGCACGCUGCAAUGCUCGCCAUUUCACGUCCGCUUUGGGAAGAUGGGGGUCCUUCGAUCGCGGGAGAAAGUGGUGGACAUAGAGAUCAAUGGAGAAUCCGUGGCUCUUCACAUGAAGCUGGGCGACAACGGAGAAGCCUUUUUUGUGGAAGAAAUGGAAGACGAUCAGGAAGUGGUCCCCUCCUAUCUGGCCACUUCUCCCAUUCUGGCCGAUGGAGCGAUGCUGAUGAGUUCCGCCCUUUUGGGGAAGUGCUCGGGGCCCCAGGUGCAGACUCUAGGCCCCGCAGGGAGCCACGGAGAGCCGGGUAACGGGAUGAUGAAGAAGAGAAGGAAGAGGAGGAGGAAGGCCCGGGCUGACAGCGUGUGGAAAGAGGAGGUCGGGGAGUAUUCUGGAGAUGACAUGUUCACCAUCGACAUCAGCUCGGACGAAGGAGAGAUGGACAACAGCAGGUGUUUGUCCCGGGACAUUUCCAGAGACGAGAGCGCUGGAGGUGCAGUCGGCGGCUCAUUCAAACAGAGCAGUAUCUACCCUCACUCAGACGGAGACUGGAGCCCUCUGCAAAGUGCUGGGAGUUCACGACCCACUUCUCCUAAGAGCGACUCUGAACUCCUGAAUAAACAAGUGGAUGAAAACCCCACAAUGCACUGGGCCUGGGGAGAACUGCCACAAGCUGCAAAGCCUUCUUUCCUGCCUGUGAAACCUGAGCCUCCUUUCAGGCCUGCGUCCAUCCCUGUGUCCGAGAACACACACUUCAGAGUGAUCAACCGCGAGUCCAACGACGGCGAAAAAUGUGAACCGUGUGCUCAAAGACCAGAGCUGACCAUGCUGAUGCCCCAGGAGAGGACCCACCCGGCGGGGCCAGAGGAGGGCAUGGACACUCAGUCUGAGGAGCUGCAGGGUAUAGAGGCAAGUUCACCCAGCGCAGCGGCACCAACAAUGAUGGACCUAGAUGAGACCGCUUCCAGAGUACCAGGCAAAACCGAUUCUCCGUCCAAGAAAAAAGAAAAGCGAAGCCGCCAUCUUGGGUCUGAUGGGAUCUACCUGGACGACAUUACGGAGCUGGAGCCUGAAGUAGCAGCGCUGUAUUUCCCCAAGAGUGAUGGGGGAGCAGGAGUGCGAGGGGGCAUGGUGGACCCAGGCUCCGGAGGGGACAGUGGAGUGGACACUUACUGUGACCAGAUCGGUGACCUGCCCUCCAUGGCCAUCUCUCUGUGCGGAGGACUCUUGGACAACCGGGAAAUCACAAACGAACAGUUUCACAGCAAGAUCAUCUCCUACCAACAAUUUGCUCUGAACCCAUCACUUAUGGACGACCCCAAUUUAGUCGUAAAAAUCGGUUCAAAAUUCUAUAAUUGGAGUACUGCGGCUCCUAUUAUGCUGGCGAUGCAAGCCUUUCAGAAACCUCUGCCAAAGGCGACAGUCGAGAACAUCAUGAAGGAAAAGAUGCCCAAGAAAGGAGGACGAUGGUGGUUUUCCUGGAGGGGCCGAAACAGCAGCUCCAAAUCUGAGUCUGGUGCCUGUGGUUCUGUGGAUCAUCCUGGUUCAAUGACAAACAGGCUCAAAGAGGAAUCAUCUUCUAGUGAUGAUGACCAAAGAGUGUCGAGCUCCAUCCAAACAGAAUCAGGACAUCCGUCGGUGGGUGUCUCCUACAAGAAAACUCUCAGGCUGACUUCAGAGCAGCUGAUGUCGCUCCAGCUGCUCGAUGGUCCCAACGAUGUGGUCUUCAGCGUGACCACUCAGUACCAGGGCACAUGCCGGUGUCAGGGAACCAUCUACCUCUGGAAUUGGGACGACAAAAUUAUCAUCUCAGACAUCGACGGAACUAUCACCAGGUCUGACACGUUGGGCCAUAUUCUGCCAACGCUUGGAAAAGACUGGACACAUCAAGGCAUUGCACGCCUGUAUCACAAAGUCAGCCAAAAUGGAUACAAGUUCCUGUACUGCUCGGCCCGGGCCAUCGGCAUGGCGGACAUGACGCGAGGUUACCUGAACUGGGUGAACGAGAGAGGGACCAUGCUCCCGAUGGGCCCCGUGCUUCUGAGCCCCAGCAGCCUGUUCUCAGCUCUGCACAGGGAGGUGAUUGAGAAGAAACCUGAAAAGUUCAAAGUGGAGUGUCUCAAUGAUAUAAAGAAUCUUUUCUAUCCAAACAUUCAGCCCUUCUACGCAGCUUUCGGCAACAGACCUACGGAUGUGUUUUCUUACAAAGAAGUUGGCGUCCCUCUGAACAGAAUUUUUACAGUCAACCCUAAAGGUGAACUGGUGCAAGAACACGCCAAAACCAACAUCUCGUCUUACGUGCGUCUGGGGGAGGUGGUGGAUCACGUCUUUCCUCUGAAGGCACGAUCCUCUUCUUCAGACUUUCCUUGUUCCGACACCUUCAGUCACUUCACGUUCUGGAGGGAGAAUUUACCCGCCGUGGAAAAUCCAGGGAUCAGAGCCUCGCAGACAAACUCCAGCAGCUGA